UUUAAAAUUCUUUUUAUCGUCUGCAAGUAUAUAUUGCCGUGUCAGUAAUUUCACGAGAGCUAAAGCUUUAAAAUAAAUAUUUUUCGGGCAAGCAAUAUUAUUUUAUUUUUUUUAAAACAUAGAUUUUUCUCAAAAAAUGUGGAUUAAAAUUUUAAAAAUUCUCAUUUUCACUUCAUUGAACCCAUGGUUUAAUUUAUUGGCUGAAGGAAAUUCAGAAAUUCCAAUUCAUGACGUCAAUUGGUUAGUUGGUAUCUAUUCACAAUCUGUAUUAAACCCGAAGUUAUUUUAUUACAAGUGUCAAGGUAUUGUAAUUCAUUACAAAGUCGUUCUUGCUCCUUCAUCAUGCCUAGACAGUGAUCUUCCUAAUAUGGAUUAUGUAAUACGUGUUUACCAUUGGGCACUUGAUCAAAAAUCAACAAGUCCUUCAAAUUUCAAAUCAUAUCGAGUGCUGAAAAUUUAUCACUAUUCAAUGUCAAAUAGUAAUAACUACAAACAAAGAUCAAAUAGUUUAUCAUUUUUACUUAUUGAAAAAAAUUUACCCUUUGUGUUAUACUAUCCAUUUGAUGGUCAAGAUAUAAUAGAUACAAUCGAUAGUAAGAAAUGUGUUAUUGUCCAUAUGAAAAAUACAAAUGAAGCUAUUCCUAUAAAGCAGUAUAACGCAUUUAUACAAGAUAAUAAUUAUAACGAUAAAUUAUUUAAAGAUAUAAGUGUCUCUGAUUCAAAUUACUUUAUACAAGUCAAAACAGAUAAAUUUUUUUGCAAUGAUUAUGAAGGAGGUACGUUGUUUUGUGGAAGUCAACAUACGCCAGGAAAAUAUCUCCUAACAGGGCUUUUAAUGAAUAAUGACGGCUGUAAUUCACUGCAUAUUAAAAUUAAGGAGUACACAAAAAUAAUAUUGGAUUAUCUUUAUGUGGUAGACAAUUAUUGGAGAACAGAUAAAUUCGAUGCAGUUCCAUCUCCACAGGAAGUUAGUGUUAAAUUUGAUGAUUCCGGUUCAUAGAAUUAUAACUGAUAAAAAAAAUGGAAUAAUUACACAAACUAAAUAUUUUUAUUGCAAUAUUAUUUAUUUGCAUUAUAAUCCUUUGUCUCAUUAGAAUAAGAAUACAAAAAAAAAAAAUAUAUAUAUAUAUAUAUAUAUAAAUGUAUAUUUAUAAUAGAAUUAAUCACAGGUUAAUUGGUGAGCACGACACAAAAAUUUAAAUAUACGAAUUUGCUAAGAAAGAGAUUUUUUUUUACAUAUUGUUGAUCGUGCUUUAAAUGUAUAUUGGAGUAAUUAUUAUAAGUACGUUAAUUAUUAGAAUCUUCGGAAAGGUCCACCAGGAUUUUGGUUGUAUUGGCGAUUAUUGUAUUGCUCUUCUUGGUACUGGCCUUCAUUACUGGGUGGAAGUGAAGCAAUUGCACGCUGGAUUGCUUCUGGGAUUGGGGGUGGAGUCGGAAUAUGAGCACCUGUUGCAUGGAAUCCAGUUUCGUCGGCGUAAUACUCUACUGUUAUUGGCGUGCCAUCAGGUGCUACAUAAGAGUAACGUCCUUGGACAACCUAUAGGAUCAAAAUGAAUUUUUUUUUUUUUUCCCAAAAAUUAGACAAAAAUAUUUAUAAUUUAUUUCAAUAUUUACUUCAGCUUGUCCGUCUGGAGUGGCAACACCUUUAGGACUUCCGCUUUCAGACACCGAUAUUCCGUUAUCAGUUUCGUAACUAAAUUGAUAUGAACCAUCGGGUGAUGAAUCUUGAGAUUGACUACGGAUUGGAAUUAUUGGUCCACUUGGUCUAUUGUUCAAAUUAAACAUUCAAAAAAAUUUUAUCAUGAAGCAAAAGACUAAAACUGUAACAUUAAAAAUUUUUUCUACUCAAUAAAUAUAUGUUAAAAUUACCUGAAUUGAUUUUGUGGUUGAUACUGAGGCUGCUGAGGUUGGAACUGGGGUGGAAAUUGCGGCUGCGGUUGUGGAAUCGGGUAUGGCUUUGGGGUAAUAGCAGGUUUUGGAAACGGCCGAAAACCACCGCCGUACUGAGCGAAUGCGCAGCUAAUGAUAGCAAAGCUAAUGAU